CGUAGGGCCCCAUGAAUUAUGGGAGGCGUAGUUCCAGGGGUCGGAGCGCGCAAGCGCAGUAGCUGUACGGAUAGUCGGCCCUUUGUUCUUGGUGGGGUCCCCGCAGCGGCGCGGAAACUAGGACCGAGAGCCCGGGGGGACGCUGGCGCACAGAGCUGGGUCCGAGGGACGCCGCGGACUGAGCUCCACUCCUCCCACCGCAAGGACCCUCAGGGAGGCGACCAUGAUGUCCAGAGCCCCCCUGGCCAAACCUCAGGCACCACUGGCGUUCCAGGACGUGGCCGUGGACUUCACCCGGGAGGAGUGGAGGCGCCUGAACCCGGCCCAGAGGGACCUGUACCGGGAGGUGACGCUGGAGACCUACGAGAACCUGGUGUUCCUGGGAUUUCCAGUUUCUAAGCCGGAGGUGAUCUGGCGCCUGGAGAGGGGAGAAGCCCCCUGGCCGCCUCGGCGAGGGUCAAGGGCCGCCUGUCCAGGUUCCCAUGGUCAGGAGACUUGCUAUGACAGCAACAACUUGACUUCAAAGCAGGACAUUUUUAUAGGAACACCUUCUAAGGAAAGACUGGCAAAGAAUGGUUAUUCCAAGGUGGGAGAAACUUUGGAGUGUGAUGUCAGAUUAGGGAAACAGAAGUGCAACCAGGAGAGACAGUCCAAACAAGUAACGGGCACUAAUGGGAAGCCAUUUAACAAGGUGAGUGUGCCUGAAAAUAAUACAUUUGGAAGAAGUUUGAAUCUUGGGUCUGUCUUUGUUACUCAACAGAAAACUCUUACAGAAAAAAGUCUCCCAAAUCAUACAGUUGCAAAGAACGUGAAACAGUUUUCAGAACUAUUUAAAUGCAAUAGAAUCCCCCUUGGGAAAAUGCUUUGUAAGUAUAAUAAAUAUGGAAAGUCCUUCAGUUAUCACUCUGAUCUCCUUCAGUUUCAUAGACAGCAUACUGGAGAAAAGCUGCAUGAACGUAAUGACCAUGGGAAAGCCUUCGGCAAAAGAUCAUACCGUACUCAACGUAAGAAAAUUCGUAAUAGAGAGAAACGCUAUAUAUGUAAUGAAUGUGGGAAAGCCUUUAGUCAGUGGGGAAGCCUUAUUGAUCAUCUGAGAAUUCAUACUGGAGAGAAACCUUUUCAGUGUAAUGAAUGUAAGAAAACCUUUAGCCAGAGAGGAACCCUCAUCAGGCACCAUAGAAUCCAUACCGGAGAGAAGCCCUUUGAAUGUAACGAAUGUGGGAAAGCCUUUGGCAACAAUUCCUGUCUUACUCUGCACCAGAGAAUUCAUACUGGAGAGAAGCCUUAUGUAUGCAGUGAAUGUGGGAAAGCCUUCAGUGGGCGGCAAAACAUGAUUCAUCAUCAGAGAAUUCACACAGGAAAGAAACCUUAUCAGUGUAAAGAAUGUGGCAAAGCCUUUCGACACAGGGCAUCCUUCGUCUGUCAUCAGAGAAUGCAUACUGGAGAGAAACCUUUUCACUGUAAUGAAUGUGGGAAAGCGUUUAGACGGAAGGAAAACCUUACCGCACAUAGGAGAAUUCAUACUGGAGAGAAACCCUUCGAAUGUAAUGAAUGUGGGAAAACUUUCAGCAACAAUUCUUGCCUUACUUUACAUCAAAGAAUUCAUACUGGAGAGAAACCCUAUAAAUGUAAUGAUUGUGGAAAAGACUUUAGGCACAGGGCAUCCUUCACUUAUCAUCAAAGGGUUCAUUCUGGAAAUAAACCAUAUGAUUGUAAGGAGUGUGGGAAAGCUUUCAGUCAGAGAGCUAAUCUUAUCGAACAUAUGAGAAUUCACACCGGAGAAAAACCUUUUGAAUGUUACCAGUGUGGGAAAGCCUUCAUCAAUAACGCUCGGCUCACGGUGCAUCAGAGAUUUCAUACCGGUGUGAAACCUCACGAGUGUAAGGAGUGUGGGAAAGCGUUCAUGCAUAAGGCCAGCCUCACCGCACAUCAGAGAAUUCAUACUGGGGAGAAGCCCUAUAAGUGCGCUGAGUGUGGGAGAGCCUUCAACCAGAGCGCACACCUUAUGAGACACCAGAGAAUUCACACUGGUGAGAAACCCCGGAAGCCAGCGGAAAGCAAGAAGCCAGCCAGCCAGCUGGGGAUCCUCACUGCCAACACGCGAGAGAAUCUUUACCAUUGCGAUGAGUGUGGGAAAGGAUUUAGGCAGAAAUCCUACCUUUCUCUCCAUCAGAGAAUUCACACUGGAGAAAAGCCUUAUCAUUGUAAUGAAUGCGGAAAAGCUUUCAUUGGGAGGGGACAGCUCAAUACACAUAAAAGAAUUCACACUGGAGAGAAACCCUUUGAAUGCAAUGACUGUGGGAAGGCCUUUAGCCGAAAAGAACACCUUACUGCCCAUGAGAGAACGCACACUGGAGAGAAACCCUAUCAGUGUAAAGAAUGUGGAAAGACAUUUAGUCAGAACUCACACCUGACAGUACAUCAGAAAACUCACACUGGAGAGAAACCAUUUUUGUGUAAUGAUUGUGGAAAAGGAUUCAGCUAUAGGACCUCACUUAUUUCACAUCAGAGAAUUCAUACUGGAGAGAAGCCCUUUGAGUGUAGUGUAUGUGGAAAAAACUUUAGUCAUAGACCGUCACUUAUUAAACAUCAAAUAAUUCAUACUGGAGAGAAACCUUUUGAAUGUCUUAAAUGUGGGAAGAGCUUUACCCAUAGAUCAUCAUUUAUUAAACAUCAAAGAAUUCAUAAUGGAGAGAAAGCCUACUAGUGAAAUGAAUGAACAAAAACCUUUAGCCAGGGAGGAAAACUAAUAAGAAAUCAAUUCUGUAGAAUAAGCCUUUGAUUAUUGAAUAUGGAAGCUUUUAUCAUGGUUUUCAUUGACUUGAUUUCAGAGACCUCAUGGUUUGGGGUUACCUGAUUCAAGUACUGGUCUAGAAUCAAGAAGACCUCAGUUCGAAUCCUCUCUUGACACUUUCUAGCCAUGUGGCCCUGGGCAAAUCAAAAUCUCUUUAAGCCUCAGUUUCCAAGUCUGUAAAAUGGAGAUGAUUGCACCUACCUCACUAGACUGUUGUGAGGAUAAAAAUGAGAUGAUGUAUGGAAAGCACUUUGCAACAUUAGAGCAUUAGAAAAUUGUGGGCUCAUGACAAACUACAGAAAAGCCAGGACUGUAGGAUAGCCUUCUUCCUGAAGUGAUAGCCUAUUAUAUAUCAGAGAAUUUAUACUGGUGAAAAAAAAAUUCCAUAAGUUUACUGAAUGAGGUAAAGUCUUUUUUUUUUAAUUAAAGCUUUAUUUUUUUAAUUAACAGAAA